AUGUCGGCCAAGUGGCGUGCUUUGCAGCACCGCCACCGCUACACUUACAAACGGCAACGUAAAGGAGGUAUGAAGUUUCGGGCAUUAAAUCAAACACCUGAUGACAGCUCCUUCUUCGUUGAACUAAACCACCUCAUUUCCCUUAACUCCACUUACGCGCAGCUCGAACACGCUAAAAAUCUUGCAUCAGCUUUUUCGAACUUAUUAUCAAACCCGAAUUCUGAUGAAAAGUUAAUUUCUUUCGCUGCGAAGUUUUAUUUAGAAAUACUUUUUCUUGAAAAUUCGGUGCCUUUGCAUAGGACUUUAGCUUCUGCUCUGGCGAAAUGUAAGAAUUUUCAGAGUUUGAUUGGGGAUUGCUAUAGGCAGCUGUGCGAGGAGUAUGGUGGGGAGAAUGGGAAGGGGAAAAGAUUCUGUGUCUCACGUGCAGCUUUGUCAAUGUUGAGCACGCCAAAGUUGGGAUAUUUAGUGAAAGCUGUGGAGCAAUGUGCGGUUUUGGUGGGUUUGGACGCGGUUUUCGGUUUGAGAAGUGUGGUUUCUGAGACAAAUGACUCGUCCAGGCCUUCACCAGUUGUAAUGGAACAAUGCCAGGAGGCUCUUUCUUGUAUAUACUACUUGCUUCAGCGCUUCCCUACAAGGUUUUAUGACGUGGAUAGCGAGCAGAAUGAUAUAAGCUCAAAAAAACAGGGUGUUAUUGAAAUGAUUUUGACUACUAUUUUGAGCAUUUUGAAAUCACAGGCGUUUGCGAGGGACUGUUUAGUGGCGGCUGGGGUGAGUUUCUCCACAGCUCUGCAGGCAUGUUUGAGUUCUGAAGAAUAUGGUUUGAUUAUCAUGGAGGGUAUUUUUCAUCAAACUUCCAUUGUGGAUAGUAAAAUUGAGCUUGAUGAUGUGGUUAGGAAAACUCCAAUCAAGGGUGAUUUGGUUGGUGAAAUUAGUAAUUUUUCAGCAUUGAGUAGACUUUGCCUGAUCAGGGGAAUACUUACUGCGAGUGCAAGAACCAUUCUGGACACCCGCUACAUUGUAUCAAAGUAUAAUCUGAAUGGUGUUAUAGAUUCUGCCAACGAUGGUAAUUCAGUCAAGACAAUACUGUAUGAUGGAAUAUUGCCUGAGCUCUGUAUUUAUUGCGAAAAUCCUACUGAUAGUCAUUUUAAUUUCCACACAUUAACUGUGAUGCAAAUCUGUUUGCAGCAAAUAAAAACAUUGCAGCAUGGUGAUAAACUUGAUGUUGCAGAAAAUUAUGAUCCAAUUCCAGAGGAGAUGGGGGCCCGAAUAUUGAGGAUUGUGUGGAAUAACUUGGAAGAUCCUUUAAGUCAAACUGUUAAACAAGUUCAUCUUAUCUUUGAUCUCUACUUAGACAUUCAGGCUAGCCUUAAGUGGGCGGAGAGUAGUGAAAAAAUCAAGUUGUUCUUGAGGAAGAUCGCUACUGAUCUUCUUCGCCUGGGACCACGCUGCAAGGGAAGAUAUGUCCCUUUAGCUUCCCUUACCAAGAGGUUGGGAGCAAAGACUAUUCUAGAUAUGAAUCCUAACUUGUUGUAUGAAACGGCCAAAGCAUACGUCGAUGAUGACGUCUGCUGUGCUGCUACAACAUUCCUCAAGUGUUUCCUUGAAUGCUUGCGAGAUGAAUAUUGGAGUAGUGAUGGUGUUGAAAGUGGUUAUACAAAAUACAGACGUCAUUGCUUGCAGCCAUUUUUGUGUGGACUUGCUUCUGGACUUGCAAAGCUACGCACAAACUUGAACACGUAUGCCUUGCCAGUGAUACUUGAGCUGGAUGAGGACAGUAUAUUUCCAAUGCUUUCUUUGAUUGGCAUCGGUCCAAGGGAUGAGGGGUCAAAAUUUUCCUAUAAUGAGCUCGGUUCUAUGGAUGUGGCUCUAGGACUUGAACAGCAAGUUGCUGUUUUGGUUUCAUUGCUCAAGAUUUGUCGUGUACUUGCAUUGAUAGGAGGGGACAUUGAUUGGCAGGGAAAUUCAUCAAUCUCUCUCGAAGGUAUAGUGCUGGAUACGGGAAAUGGUGAUUUACAUUGUGUUGUCUGCUUAAAGGGCAUAGAGGUUAAAGUCCCGGUCAAGUGGCUCAUAUUGGCAUUGACCCACGAGGACGAGUCACUUCGCAUAGAUGCAGCAGAAUCUCUAUUCUUUAAUCCAAAGACAUCCAGUCUCCCCUCUUCUUUGGAACUCAACCUGAUGAGAAGAGCAAUGCCACUGAACAUGAGAUGUUGUUCAACUGCUUUCGUAAUGAAAUGGACUAGCUUAUUCAGAAAGUUCUUUUCUCGUGUCCAGACAGCGUUGGAGAGACAGCUCAAGAUGGGAACCUGGCAGCCUCUUGCUUCUGGAGACAAUAAUGGAGUUUCUUACAUGACAGGAGCUGAGAACAGUGUAAAACACAGGGCAGAUAAUCUAUAUAAUUUUAUGAAGUGGUUGAGUUGCUUCUUGCUUUUCUCGUGCUAUCCUUCUGCUCCAUAUGAGAGAAAAAUAAUGGCUAUGGAGCUCAUAUUGACAAUGCUAAGUGUUUGGUCUAUAUUGCCCACAGUGCCAGAAAGUCCAGAUGCUGUUUUGUCUGAAACCAAUCUAUAUCCAUACAGUAAAGGGUUUGCUUUACCUGAUUCAACCUUGCUUCUCGUUGGAUCAAUUGUUGAUAGUUGGGAUCGGCUGAGAGAGAAUUCUUUCCGCAUUUUACUAUAUUUUCCUACCCCACUUCCUGGCAUGUGUAGUCCAGACUCGGUCAGGGAAGCAAUUAUAUGGGCUAAAAAGCUAGUUUGUAGCCCCCGUGUCCGAGAAAGUGAUGCUGGAGCUCUGACAUUACGGCUUAUCUUCAGGAAGUAUGUCCUAGAGCGCAGGUGGAUUGUCAGACCCUCAUAUAAUGUAGUCUUCAUUCAUCCCGAGUCAGAGAUGUGCAAUGUGGAGUAUGAAAAUUGUAAAUCCAGCUCUCCUGCAUUAGUAUAUGUCACAUCAUUGAUUGAUUGGCUGCUUUCUGCUGUGGAGGAUGGAGAAAAUAAUCUUUCAGAAGCGUGUAAGAAUAGCUUUGUUCAUGGUGUAUUACUUACUCUACGGUACACAUUUGAGGAAAUGGAUUGGAAUUCCGAUGUAGUUUUGCACUGCAUUUCUGAUAUGAAACGUGCAUUAGAAAGGCUCCUGGAGCUUGUCACGCGAAUUACAUCCUUGGCCCUUUGGGUGGUCUCAGCAGACGCGUUGCACUUACCUGACAAUAUGGAAGAAAUUGAUGACGAUGCAUUUCUGUUGGAAAUUCCUGAUGAGAUUGUUCCAUCUGCCCCUGCGGAUGUUGAGGCACAAAACUCAGACUGCAUGCAAAAACUCGGUCCUUCGGAACAGAUUGUCAUGGUCGGUUGCUGGCUUGCAAUGAAAGAGGUGAGUCUUCUUUUGGGAACAAUUAUUAGGAAAAUUCCGUUGCCUACUUCAGAUGAGUCAGGGAUCACAUUUGGUAAUGAUACUGAUGGUACGACUAUGGCAGCUGAUGCAAUGCUCGAUAUAAAACAACUUGAGACAAUUGGCAACCAUUUCUUAGAGGUCCUUCUCAAAAUGAAGCAUAAUGGUGCAAUUGACAAGACAAGGGCUGGAUUUACAGCACUGUGCAACCGUUUACUUUGUUCAAACGAUCCGAGGCUUUGCAGAUUAACAGAAACUUGGAUGGAACAACUUAUGGAAAGAACAGUGGCCAAGGGACAAACAGUGGAUGACCUACUGAGGAGAAGUGCUGGUAUUCCAGCAGCAUUUACUGCCCUUUUCCUCUCAGAGCCCGAGGGCACGCCAAAAAGGCUCUUGCCGAGGGCUCUAAGGUGGCUAAUAGACGUAGCUAAGAAGUCUUUAACAGAUCAAACUAUAUUAAACAGCUCAAACAGUGACUUUUCUGGUGGUUUCUCACCAAAAUCAAGUCAAGCAACUGCUUACUGUCAACUUAAUGAGAUGAAUGGCAACCAAAAGAUCUCAAAGCUUCGGGAUGAGGGAGUUGUUCCCACUGUGCAUGCUUUCAAUGUCCUUAGAACUGCUUUCAAUGAUACAAACCUAGCAACUGAUACAUCAGGUUUUGCUGCUGAGGCAAUAAUUAUCUCAAUACAAUCUUUCUCAUCUUCAUAUUGGGAGGUCCGUAACAGUGCUUGUCUUGCGUAUACUGCCUUGGUCCGCCGCAUGAUUGGAUUCCUCAAUGUACAGAAACGAGAAUCUGCAAGGCGAGCUAUAACUGGGCUUGAGUUUUUUCACAGGUACCCUUCACUGCACUCUUUCUUAUUAAACGAACUGAAUGUGGCUACUGAGUUGCUUUUGGACGACUCAUCUGAACAUUCAAGAUCCAACCUGAAGAAUGUUGUGCAUCCAAGCUUGUGUCCGAUGUUGAUACUUUUGUCUCGGCUUAAACCUUCACCAAUCACUAGUGAAACUGGAGACAGUUUGGAUCCUUUCCUUUUCAUGCCAUUCAUAAGGAGAUGCUCAGUUCAAAACAAUUUUCGAAUUCGUCUACUUGCAUCAAGAGCUAUAACAGGCUUGGUGUCCAAUGAGAAACUGCAAGUUGUCUUGCUCAAUAUUGCCUCUGAGUUACCUUGUGUAGAAAAUCAAAUCAUGGCUCCUGAUUCAUCCACAUCACUGGACUUGGCCAACAGGACCUCUGGUGCUUCUUUCAAUUUAAUUCAUGGAAUGCUAUUACAGUUGAGCUCUCUUUUGGAUACCAAUUGUAGAAACCUAGCCGAUUCAUUUAAAAAGGAUAUGAUUCUCAACAGUUUGAUUCAAAUUCUUGCCAAAUGUUCAUGGAUUGGAAGACCACAAUUGUGUCGUUGCCCCACCCUGAAUGGCUGUUUUCUAAAGUUGCUUGACAAUAUGCUGAGUCUUGCAAGAACAUGCCAAACAGGUGAAAGUAUUGGUGCCAUUUGGAACCUCCUCUGGGAGUUAUCUUCAGAAUGUUUAGAUUUAGAUCCGUCUGAUUAUCCGCCAUAUUUUGAUCCUACUAUUUCAGAACUUCGUGAACAAGCAGCGAUUUCAUAUUUCAAUUGUGUUUUCCAAACAUCUGAAGAUAUAGUUGAAGAUGCUCUACUGAUGCCAAGGAAUUUUUCUUCAGUUGCUUACGAUUCGUUAAGGAGAUUUGAAAUGGAGGUUGCCUCUACCAGAUUUCAGGAGAGGUUGACCCACUCCAUGUCAGAUUUAUCAUAUGAAGUGCGAAUUGCAACAAUGAAGUGGCUUCUUUUGUUCCUUAGGGCGACAGAAUCAGGUAUUAACAGCGGGGAUCAAUUUUAUUCUGAUGCUAGGAAAAUUUGCUUGUCCAAUAUAAAUCUCCAGGAAAGGCUGAUGAAGCUUUUGGUGACAGAGAAACACCAUAAAUGCAUGCAUUACAUUCUAAAGAUUCUUUACACUUGGAAUCUACUGGAAUGGCAAGAUGACUUCCAAGAACCUGCAGACCCAAGAUAUAUUUGUAACAUGGACUGCAAUUCAGUGUUCCAGUUAUGGGAGACCUUAGUUUCUCUUCUCAGGACCACAAGGCACGCAAAGACACGUCAAACCCUUGUCUGCUGCAUGGGAAUUUGUAUAAAGCGAAUCUCCAGCAUAUUUUUGGAUCUUUUUAGUUCUGAAAUAGAGAAGAUGCCCGAGCUCAGCCAAUCUGAUCUUUGUAAAAAAAUGUCUGAUUUCUACAACAGCACAAGUUAUUUUGUCACUCUGAUAGAACAGUAUGGUGACGCAUCAGAGCCUGUAAAUAUGCGGAAGGCAGCUGCAGAAUCAAUGGUAGCAUCUGGUUUACUGGCUCAAGCUGAGGUUUUAGGUUCUUUAGUUUCUGGGGAACAAUUUUCUGAUGGCAACUGGUUUUCUCAUAUCAAACCUGAGGAGGAUAUUAAAACGUAUGCUGGUAGAAUACUGGAUCUAUGGUUGAUGUGCGUAAAACUUCUGGAGGAUGAAGAUGAAGGGAUUAGGAAGAGGCUUGCUUUGGAAGUCCAGAAAUGCCUUACGUCCAGAAAACUAAGGGAACACUUUUCAGCUGGUAUUGCUCCAAGACAAGUAGAGAAAGUGAUUGCAUUGUGUUUUGAGCAUUUAUCAUCAAUCUUUAGUCACUGGCUUGAUUACUUGGAUUAUCUUUGCUGCUGGGUGCUGAAUGCUGCAAACAAUGCAAACUACGUCACUUCAAAAGGAGAUCUCAUCAGACGUGUUUUUGACAAAGAGAUCGAUAACCAUCAUGAAGAAAAGUUGUUCAUAUGUCAGAUUUGUUGUUCCCAGUUGGAGAAAAUUCUGACUUCGGAAUUUUGCACUGUUGACUUCUCUAAUGAGAGUGGGGCUCAGGAUUUUUUGCAUAAAUGGAGAAGCAAAUUUCGCGAACAGUUGAUAUCGUUUGCUAGUGACCAUAUCAAAAAGCUGGGAGGUGUCGAGUGGAUUGGUGGAGUGGGAAAUCACAAAGAUGCGUUUUUACCGAUCUAUGCAAAUUUGCUCAUGCUUCAUGCCCUAUCAAACUGUAUAUUCCACUUGGAACCUGAGACUAGCAAGCCCAUGCUCUCUGAGGUUCUUGAACUUGGAGAAGCUAUUCAUCCCUUUCUUAGAAAUCCCUUAAUUUAUAAUCUGUAUUUGUUAGUAGUGGAGUCACAUGAGAAAUUUUUUGGGGCAACUAACACCCAUUUGACCCGAAAGUGGAGAGAAGGUGGUUCUAUUUGGGAUGAAUUUGAUCCUUAUUUUCUACUCGAGUGA